UGUAAAAUUAAGAGGGAGAGAGAGACGCACGUAGAUUCCACCGUCGUUAAUCGUCGCAGCAGCUUAUGUUCGUCGUCAAAUGUCUUGACAUCGAAUAUUCAAUAUCCUUGUGUGUCUCAUAUGUUUUUCUUAAACGAUGGAUUUUUGUUUCGGCUUAAUUGCGAUCUUCCUGAUCACUGAUGUGACCUCCGUCCGAUAUGCCACCACCACCGAUGGCUCUACGAAGAAUUCAAACAAAGUUCACCUUAGUGCGGGCGUCGCAACUAAUCCUUUUCUCCUAUCGGCCAUGAAUCGUCAAACUCAAACCAAUCAAUUCCUGCAUUCGUCAAACGAAACCAAAAAUAUAAACCUUAUCUCACCAAAUGCCGUUUCAACACAAGCUUCCAAUAUAGCCUUUUCUGGUGACUAUAAUUCCUCCCCUAAUAAUAAUGGAAAUCGUUUGGAAGCCUCUAAAACCGAUUCAAAGAAUACAGAAUCUUCUAGUUCGCCAAGACCUAUUACGCAAACAUCUUAUACACCAUCACCUAAUAUACCAGUAUUUGAUACACCAGCAGCAGCUAAUGAUUUUACAACAUCUCGUACAGCAACUUCUCCUAAAUUUCAUCCUCCACCCUCAUACUCACCAUCAUUGCAAGAAUUGAUACCUCUGAAGAUCAGUCCAGCGAGAACGAUAUCAGAACAGAAGUGCGAGGAAUAUGUGGAAGAAAUUGCGGGCGCAGUCUACGUAUCGGCCCUGACCGGUACGUCGAACACACGCAAAGUAAUUAAUUCCUGCACGGGUACGAAUCGCUUGGUGGUCGGUGGUACCAUGGCUCGGGUCGGCGAGUUCCCUCACAUGGUCGCCCUAGGCACAUACAAUUCCAAUCAAAAGUUUACUCUGAUAUGCGGCGGCACGCUGAUUUCGCAUACCUGGGUACUUACCGCUGCGCAUUGCAGUUAUGGACCAAAGGACGAUCCAAAGAUAGAGGACGCAAGGAUUGGUUUUCACAAUUUGACGGAUCACGAAGGCGUCAGAGUUGCUGUGAAAGAUAUAAUAACUCAUUCGGAUUACAAUCCACCUGAGAUGUAUGCGGACAUAGCUCUGGUGCAGUUAAUGAAUGACGUCACGUUCAGUAAAUUCAUACGACCCGCGUGUCUCUAUCAAAUAUACGAUAGUGUUCCAAGACAAGCUUGGGUUAGCGGCUGGGGCGUCACGGAAUAUAGUGGAGAAGUGAGCGAUCAAUUAUUAAAAGCUCAGCUGAAUCUGGUAGACACUCUGGUGUGUUCAAUAAAACACAAUAGUUCCCUAGAAGUUCCGUACGGUAUCACACCGAGUAUGAUUUGUGCUGGCGAUCCUAGCGGCACUAGCGACACUUGCCAAGGAGAUUCCGGUGGUCCUUUACAAAUAUUGUCUUCGAACAAAUGCGUAUUUCUAGUGAUCGGUAUUACUAGCUUCGGUCAGGGUUGCGCGAUGAUUGAUAUCCCCGGCGUUUAUACCAGAGUGUCCCAUUAUCUUCCAUGGAUCGAAAAUACCGUCUGGCCGAAAGGGCAAUAAUUGCAAUUUAUUCGACUUUUAGAAAAGAAAAGUCUGCUUGCUCUAAUUAUUGCCUACCGAGAGAAUUAAUUAGACGAUUAAUUAUGAUAAUGUAGUUGAACAGUCUGUAAUUCUGACUAGAAUAUUGGAACGAAGAAUAGAGAAAUUGCAAGAAGGAAUGGAAAAAAUAUAAAAUGUGGGACUAACGUUGAUACUUCGAACUUCAGAAAUCAAGAGAUUUUCGUAUCGUGAAUAGUCCGCCACGUAAGCCCGUCGCCGUAAGGGCCAUGGAUUGAUGGAAAUAAGAUAUGCCACCAGUUUCUGUAACAAUGAACAUUAUGAAUAUAAUAUUAGAUAACUUUUUUGAUAAAGAGAAUAUAAAAAUAACAUUUGACGAAGUGAAAUACAUUAACGGUACUAUAUAUUAGCUAAAAAUAUUUAAAAAAUAUGUUAUAUAUUAUAAUAAAUCAGAAUGAUUAUAUUUGAUAAAAUGUUAAUAAAUACUUAUAUGCGAAACAAAAUUUGCAGUAGCCAGUAUUAAUUUCUCAUUUGUUUUAAAUCAAAAUCAUAGUAAAAAAAAGCAUUGGCGAGAUAAUUAGUAUAAUAAACAUAUUAAAAAUAAUGCAUAAAAGUCUUGGAAAUUUUGAAUAAGUUUUGGAAAGUUUAAUAUUUUUAACUUAAUUCAUUUUUCUUUUCAUUUUUCUUUAAUUCAUUUUUCUGGCGGCAAAUCUAUGACAGUAAUAUUAUUUUAUAGAUUUUUUUUUAUAAAGAUAUCAAUUGUUUCUCGUCUAAUUAAUCUUCCAAUAAUGAUUUAUUUUAUCGGCUGUAUUUUAAUAAAAAAAAAAUUACGGUUUAAGAUCUA